AUGGAACCCCCAGCAGAGCCUGUGCUCUACCAGAAGCUGCUACUCUGGGAGGCGAGCUUGGAGUCAGAGGAGGACGAGGAAGAGGGGAAGGAGGAGGAUCAGACAUCAGAGCCACUGGUUCUCAGCCCCUGGAGGCCCCAGGAUUCCUCUGGGAACAGGGUUGGCGGGCUGCCUGGAGCCUGGGCCCGACUAGCGGCAGCCCUGCUGCUACUGGCUGUUGGCUGCUCCAUGGCUGUGUGGCAGCUCCAAACUAGGGGUGGCUCCACAGGAAGCUUGGGCUCUGGGGACCCUCCACCCAGGGGACACACCCAUCGCCCCGGCGUCUACCACCAUGGCGCAAUCAUCAGCCCGGCAGCCACAUGCACCCACAUGGGCCAAGAGCUGCUUGUUGCUGGAGGCAACGUCGUGGAUGCCGGAGUUGGAGCUGCCCUGUGCCUAGCGGUAGUACAUCCUCAUGCCACAGGGCUAGGUGCCACGUUCUGGGGCCUCUUCCACAAUAGCUCCUCUGGCAAUUCAACCGCCCUGACAUCAGGCCCAGUCCGGACCCUGGCCCCCGGACUGGGGCUGCCCACAGCCCUGCCCACCCUGCACUUGCUGCACACACACUUCGGCCGCCUGCCCUGGCCACGCCUGCUGGAGGGCCCCACUACGCUGGCUCAAAAGGGCUUCCUGGUGGACGCACCCCUGGCAAGGGCCCUGGAAACUCAGGGCACAAAGGCCCUCUGUCCACUGCUUUGCCAGGCCAACGGGACCCCCCUGGGUCCCGGGGCCAGAGCCACCAACCCAAAACUGGCAGCCAUGCUACGCAGGGCGGCAAUCAUCCCCACCCCACACCUUGCUGGGAAUGCUCUACUGAGUCUGCUGGUCAGAGACCUGGGGCUGGAGGUACCCUCAGCCGGGCCCAUGCCCACCUUGGAGCCAGCACUGCAGCUACCUGUGCCCCAGGGCAUCCUCUUCACCACUCCCAGCCCCUCAGCUGGCCCAGAACUGCUGGCACUUCUGGAGGUGGCCCUUCAUUCCGGGAGGCCCAGCCCUGACCCCUGCCCAUCGCUCAUGCAAACUGCUGUGACCCCCACAAGCAGCGUUCUGGCCACUGUGGACAGCAAUGGCUCCAUGCUUCUUCUUACUUCCUCGCUCAACAGCUCCUUUGGCUCUGGACACCUGUCCCCAAGCACUGGGGUUCUGCUCAGCAACCUGGUGGCCAGGUCUGCAACCGGCACGUGGGCCUGCCCUCUCAUCUUCCGUGGCAGCCCAGAUGACACAGAAGCUGAUGUGUUGGGGCUGGUGAUUUCGGGAACCCCUGAGGUGACCAGAGCCACGAGUCACGCCUUGCUCAGCCAUCUGGCAGGGCCCCAUAGGCAGACCCAGCACCAGCACCAGGCCCAGGAAGGACCAACAGAGAGGCCCAGCGCUUGUGGCCAAGGGACCCUGCUCCAAGUGGCAGCCCAUGCAGAGCAUGCCCAUGUCUCCAGUGUCCCCAGUGGCUGCUGCCCCUUCCAGGGAUUCUAACAGCAGAGGAAGGGGUCUGGCAGGGAGCAGUGUUGUCUCCAGCCUGGGGCAGGAGCAGAGCAGACCCAGCGGCAAUGAAGUGCAUAAAGAGUGUGUAUCUGUGACGUGCUCACACGGGCUCAGGCCCCCAACCCCUAGCCUGGUCAGUAACCUGGACUCGAGUUCUGACAUCCAAGGCUAGCUCAAUCAUUCUUCAAAGCACCCCCACUGGAUGGAAUUUCUGACUGCAGCUAAGGAAGCUGCAGAUAGUUGGGAAAGAGCAACAGGGCCUGGCGCUAGUCCUAAAUUCACAUCCAACUUUGAGAUGAACAGAUGGAAGAAUGCCAAGACCCUGCCUAGCCUCUGGGCCCCCUGGGACAGGACUGGCCGAGUCCAGGGUACUGCUGGCAUCUCCAUCCUCCCCUUCAGGCCACCCUCUGCUGAUCUCCCUCACCUGGACUGGAAACAGAAUAAAAAUCAAGUGGAAUAAAAAUCCUGGACACCAA